AUGGCGCCGGUGCAGGUGAGCAAGUACGGGAAGACGUUCGAUUGCUUCAACGCGUCGCACAUGAUGCAGGGCAGCGCGGCGACGGCGACGCAACAGUCGGUGGCGAUGAAUUGCGGACCGGCGAAUCACGCGAUGAACGGGAUGUACAUGCCGGGCGCGUCGCACAUGGCGUGCAAUAAUUGGGACAACACCGUCGCGGCGGCGCCGAGCGCGGCGGCGCGAGGGACGCCGACGACGCUCGCGGCGACGCUCGCGGCGACGCUCGCGACGCUCGCGACGCUCGCGGCGGCGUAG